AUGCAAAAAAUAUUGAAAACAGUUAAUGUGCAUGAUAUGACCGCCACCACUUCCGACCAGGCGAAAGUUAAGGCUACCAAUCAAUCGGUCAGGCAGUCAGUCAAUCAAUCAACAGCAACCGUAACCAAGUAGAUCGUGCCGAUAGUGAGGGACGUCAGUCAGCCAAUCAAUUAGCGCAAGGCGAAGUCUAUUCCUUUUGUCUUUAACUAUAUAAUCGCAAGAGAAGUCCGGCAUUGAGGUACCGCUGUAACAUUAUUGACAUGACGGUCGUAAUAUUAAGUGUAAGACUUUCCAGCUAUCAUACUCUACCUCUAAGUAGCCUAAGAAAGGUAGAUGUUUUCGUGUUCGUGAUGACAAGAACAAAGUAGAAGUUUACAGAGCUGCACUUCUACUAUUUACCACAGGUUUUGCGUUUUCAAUGUGAAUCAUGAUCACAGACACCCAAGGGAGUACUCAAACUCAGAUGACUUCUCAGUCAUAUAUAGAGCAAGCAGUGUAAAACACUUGUGAUGAAGAAUUCAUCUUGUUUUCGAUGACUUCAUCUCAGUCAUGAUUUUCUCUUUGAUCAUGUGUUCUCUUUGAUGUCUAAGGAUACCACGGCAGGCAAAAACCCGGAAGAAAACAAACGCUCCGCUUGGGUUCGUAUCAAAAGUCUCGAUGAUCUAACGAAGGCUGUUCAGGUCUACGUCGGGGAGCACGCGGUGGGGAAGAACGCGGCAAAAUGGUGCUACAAUCCUGCUGGUAAUCCCGCAGCAAAGGGAGAGGUUAAGAGCUGGAGAAAAGUACUGUAGUAAUCCAGCUCCUUGCGUCAAAUAAGUUAGCAUAUUUCUAAUAAUCCAGCUCCUUGCGCCAAAUAAGUUAGCAUAUUAUUUUUAUUAAGCGUGUGUUACUAGUGAAGAUUUGCUCGUGAAGAUGAAGAUCCCUCUGCGGUUGCAGGGUGCGUGUUUCCGUGGACGGCGAGUGACUUCUUAUCCUAUUAUACCUAUCCUGAGCAGGAUUCAUUCUUGUAAACUGUAUUGCAUUGAUUGUGUUGCAUUGUAUAACAGCACAGCUAAAGACUUAUACUUAUAGAAAGGAAAAAGCACUUAAGUGGAUUCUCUAAUUUGAACGAAAAAUCAGCCCGCACGAAGCAAGCGAUGCUCGUGGUGUAUCGACCGGGAGCGAAGAACUUUGCCUGGUCACCCACAAACGCACCUUGGCUAUGGUCGACAUGAUUUAUUAGUAAGAAUAUUACAAGGGAGGAUGAAAGUAUAGCUUAUUAUAAUAGAAUAGUUUAUAGACGGUGGGAAUGUGGGCACGGUGGGCGACGCUGGGCCGCUGGGCGGCCACGCUUGGCACGGUGGGCGGACCCUUGGCAAGCAUGGGGGGCACGGUGGGCGCACGCUGGGCGCGUAUAGCGUUGGCCCGCUUCUUCCGGCAGUGUACAGGGCCGCAGUCGAGGGCAGCGCGGCGCUGUGCUCCUCUGCGGAGCGGCCACGGUCUCGUUGCUUGCGGUGCUUCGCUGCUGUCUGCAGUGCCGCCUGGGUGUGUAGAGUCCGGCGCAGCGCUGCAAUGGGCCUCAGUACUCUGCUGCAACGUGCGACCAGUGCUGCUGAGGGAUAUUCCCAGGCGGGCCAGUAGGUUGGCGCCCCGAUUCGUAUGCAGCUUGCUGCGGAUCCAGGGCGCAUGCGCUUGCUCUGCCGGGGGGCUUCAGAAAUGGACGCCCGAAGGGCGCCCCGAUUUUUGGCCCCAAGUCUCACGGCGGGCGCGCGGUGGGCGACAUCUUUGGCAGGUGACCCACUUUUGGGCCGCCCAGCGGCCCAGCGUGCCAAGCGUGCCCACCGAUCCAAUUCUGGAGAGGCUAUAAACUUUCCUAUUAUAGUUAGCUUUUAUUGGAAGAUGAUGCUUGAUCUAAGUCAUUUAGUAAGAAUAGAUUGAGUACAAGGGAUGAAAAUGUAGCUCACCUAGAAGGCAUCUUAGAUAAUUCUAAUAGGAUAACUUAUAGAAUGGAAGAAGGACGUGGAUGGACUUGGAUGGAUCGGGUGAACCCUUCUAAGCCUUCGGGUCAUACUUAGAAUGAUUGCCGGACGUGGGAAGUCCAUCCGACCAUCUCUACUCGCUCCUCCCUAUUCGAUUAUAAGUAAGCGUAGCUACAACAGUCGUGUGAGAGGUCAUGACUUUUCCCACUAGUGUGUACUACUUCAAAAAAACUUGGGUCAAUACAUAGAUGAAAGAAUAAUAAAGCUGACGAUUACUUCAGUAUGAAAGAAUAAUACAGCCGACGACUAAUUCAGUACAAAGCUGUAGACUCAAAAAGUGGUUACAGAAGUCGAGGCGCCAUGACGUGACCGCUUCAGGAACUGUCUCAUCUCGCUGAUGGUUGAGAAGAAGGGGCUUCUACGUGUGGCGCGCCAUGACCUACUUACGUGCCUUCUCAUUCUCUAAUGUAUACACCGGAAAACGCAGCUAAGAAAGCGCAAACGGUUUCCCUCCAGCAUAUGCAAACUGGUGUAUUACAAACCGCCUCGUUUGGACCGAACCAAGCGCAGAGCUGUCGAGUCCAGGCUAUUAUUAUGAAAGCGUGAGUUUGUAUUUGAUGAGUACCUCUUGUUUACUUGUUAAUGUGUACUAGAUUUACUUAGGUGAAAUCUUAUCUAUGUGUCUUGACGGAUCCCAUUUGUUACAUUUUAGAUCUGCUUAGGUGAGUAUGAGUUGUAGUUAUUACAACGUUGAUUUACUUAGGAGGUGAAGUCUCAUCUAUGUGUCUACUUUUGCAAUUUGUCCAGUCAGAGGAUUGGAUCUCGCCGUCACGUGGCAAAAGGGGAUCGCACUCGUCGUGUGCUAGUACUUCCUUGUUUAAUAUUAUACGGAGACGACCACCUGAGAGCACUGAUCUGACGCAGCUUCGUUUAGUAUCACUACUUCUACUGAAACCAAGUUAGUAAGCACUAGUAGGAGGUAGACGUAGAUCUUGCACAUAGUAUAGAAGUUGAACUUCAAGAUACUUGAGAGUAACGAUCUUCAUCGUAACGAUCUUCGUCUCGAGUCUCAAGUAGUAGGAGACUAGAAGGAGAUAGCGCUGACACUUAGUCCAGAAAGAACUGAAACUUAGUUUAGCAUCACUGGUGCUGCAUAGUAACUUACUAAACCAAACGAACAACUUCGUGCUGAGGUAGUAAGUAGCAGGAGGUAGAACUUAAGAUAUUUAGUCAUCUCGAAAGAACUACUUCUACUGAUUCUUAGAUAGUAUUAUAGAAACUGAUACUAUUACCACUAAUGCAGCUGAGGCGUGUACGUAACUACUACCAAGGAGAUCAGUUAGAGGCUUUUGCGUUACCGGCUAAAAAAAAAACAUGAUGACAAGAAUGAAGUAAAAGUUACUACUGACACUGAGGCGCGUAGCACAACUGUACUGAGUGCCACUAUUGAAACCAAGUGAGAAGCUUCAUAGUCGUGAGUGUUUACCGCUCCCUACUAGGUGAGCCGACCCCUAUCCCAUCUUAGAUCGUCUACGCCUCACCCUAAGACUUUUGAUUUUGUAGAUAAGCAAGGGACUUAGUUCUUGUUUUUCUAUUAGAUACAGAAGCUGUGCUUAAUUUAGUAUCACUCUCAGAGGCUAGUAGCUCUACAACUAGUUCUACUAAAUUUUCAUUUUUGUUUUUAUAUUUUAUAGAAGUUCUACUUAUUAUACUUAGCUUUUUAGUUCUUAAUAGAACUCCUCCAAUAGUUCCUCCGACGAGGUGGAUGAGAUGCAUCGGAAGUUCAAUAAGAUGAACGCGGAGGACAAUCACCAGGACGGGUUCAAGCUGUACAAAUUGCCGGAAAUAGGCGACAAAAAAUUACGGUCAGCUCUUAUCCGUCUUCCUCGGCAUCUCGGUGCUGCCCGUUUUCCUUGUAUUUCAUGGGAAAGGCGUCGAGAUGAGGGGGCCGAGAUGGAUUAAAGCUAGCGCUAAUAUAUGCCAGGCCAUUCCCUUCCGAAUAUAGCCGAUGCCUCUGUCGCUUAAGGCAAAAAGUGACGAUAAGCCGACCCUUUGUUUGACAACACAAUAUCUCACUAUUCUUGUUUACGCAGCUUGGUAGAUUACAGCGGAAAAACUUGAGUAGCGGCACGGGCCAAAUUUUGCGCCUGCCUGCCUAGUGUGGCCCAGGCGUCCGCAGAUAGUUGGGCGAACGAUGUGUCCCGCGGGCGCUGCUUCACGCGUCUGGUCGGGAGCGAAAGUGCGGCAGGCCCCGGACUCUGUGCCGAGGAGCAGGCCCGACUUUGAGGCAUGUAACAAGUGUCACCGUGCGGCUUUCUGUGCGUAGCGCUACUCAAAACAGGCCUCAAAAGCCACGGGCUUUUGGAGCCUGAAAGUCUCAAGCUAAAACCUGAGACUUUUUUUGAGUAGCGCCACUCGAAACAAUCCUCAAAAACCACUGGUUUUUGAGGAUUGAAAGCCCCAGCCUUUUUUUUGACUUGUCUUGUUGCGUCGGAUCCUCAAACCGAAUUCCACCCUCAAAAGCCAGCAGUGGUUUUUGAGGGGGCACCCUGUAGCUCUACUCACUGAGGAGGGACUGCUCAACGGGUAGCGCUACAGGAAAAGGGGCUAUUUAAAAAAUAUUCAAAAUUCAGCCUGAGACCUUCAGGCCUCCAAAACCACUGGUUUUUGCGACGGACUUGUUUUGGAUGGCGCUACUCAAAAAGGCCUCAGGCUGAAGCGUGAGGCGUUCAGGUCUCGAAAGCCAAUGGCUUUGGCGCCUCCUUUUGAGUAGCGUCAUGCAAAAGAAAGCCUCAAACUCACACACACUCUGAAGCUUGAGGCCUUCGGGCGGUUUGUCUUUGUGGAGCGUGUUGGUGGCGCUCUCUUGUUGAUUGUCUCGUUGCCAGUUCUUUCACCAGCGGACCUACUCAAGCUGUUCCGCCUAUUUUCGAGCGUUUUCUGAGGUUCAUGCAAUAUCUAGUAGGCCAGCCGUUGUAAUAUUGAUGCUGAAUAAUCAGGGUCCCUGACCUAGCCUAACCUUAGCAAGCCCCCCCCACCCUGGGAAGGAAAAUGCUUACUAUGAGGCGGCCUCCGUUGUCUAUGUAAGAUUUGCUUCAAACUUGGCCAGGAAGGGUGGGCCCUGAGGUAACCCCAGUGACCCCUCCCGCCCUCCACCCUGUAAUGAAUUGUAGUAGUACUAGGCUGCGCAUGUGACGUGCAUUGUCUUCUAAGUCGACAAGCAUCCGGCUGGAAGAGCUUACGCUUGCUUCUGGGUUCUGGUCAUUCUUAAGGCUGUUCUCAACCCUUACACUCAUACUAUCAAACGAAUUCUAAUAUGUGUCACUGGUUUGACUAACUAAUGACGCUAGCAAGGUAGGAGCACCUUGCUCAGCUCAUACACUCACCUUAAUCUUUUGAGAGGAACGAUAAGUAAGUACACUAAUCAUCUUAAUAAGUAGCUCAAGAAGAAUUCUCAUUUUUACGGACAGCCUUCCCCUGGAUAGAAGUCAGUUGCUGUGUAUCUGCACCUGAGCCUACUACUUUCAUGAUGAAGGAUAUCAAAAUCAUAGUACACGAUGUUCCGCCUAGAUGGUUAAGCUAGUGCAGUUCUUGCCUUAGUUCACCUACUACAGGCCUGAAAGUAGAGCUCAUGCCCCCUUAUGUCAGGUGCCCCCAGCGGGCCCACUUACAUGAGCUGCAGUCAAGCUCCGGAAGAUGGGGCCUUGUUUAUUUUCUUUUUUUCCUUAGAGAGAGCGACGCAACAAUAUGUCAUACGCAACCUCCCGCCACUUUAGUUUCUUCGUCACCCCUUCAGCUGACACUGACAGCCCUGUGUUUCCCUCAUAUUUAAUGAUCAAAGUAGUCUUCUUAUUAGCGAAGUAGUAUAUCACGUUGAAGGAACCACGACUAGGACUAGCUAAUAUGAUACUAUGAUCGUCGAUAUCAGAUGACACCAGAACAACUAUUCUCCUGAGGCGGAUCAAAUCCUAUAUUAGUAUCCACACCUCGCCCACUACACCUCGACGCCGUCUAAUAUUACUGCGAGGGCUUGGAAAGCAUCUAUGACCUGCAAAAGGUGGUGGCAGGCGUCACCGAAAAAUACCAAGGACGUCCGGGAAUUCACCAAUUAUGGGCGAUAAUGUUUACUCCAUCGAUCUGCGUACGGCCAUCGAGGCUCCCCUUAUUAGUGUAUGCUUCUGGUAUUUGGUAACCUGAAUUCGAUCACAGGACCAGGAGUUCUCCUCUUGUUUUCCUUAUGAUCAAAAUCAGGCUACCAAUACCACGGCGGGAGAGAAAAGGGUAGCCGUGAUGGUCUCCUGGCUAGAUGGAAAGAUAUUGACGCCGCUCUUUCAUACCAAUGUGAUUCUCCGCAGAGCUCGCCAGGUGUCCCUGCAUUGUCAGCGGCAGCCACGUACAAACACACACUGAGCCCCAUGGGUCGGGUUUCCACGGUCAUUUUGGUCCUUCUUCCGUCGAGGAAGACACCUGCUGAACCGAAAAAAGCUCUUGGACCUCCGAAGUGUCUAAAUGAUAAGUUUGACACUCCGCUAGCAGAAGGCACAGAGGAGGACGCGGACGACCAGCUUGCGAGACAACAAUUAAGGCUUCCCCUGAUUCAUCUUCACUUCGGAAGCAUCUCCAAGGGGCCUCUUUUUGAAAAACCCACUGAACAGUGUGCUUUUCAAAGGAAACAGAUGACCUAACACCAGUAUGCUUGUCAAGACGAUGGACUAUGCACUAUCUAUCUGCAUCUUGAGAUGGAAGAUUUUUAGGGUGAGCUCUAAAACAAAGACUAGUGGCGCGCACUGCCUGUUUCACAUUCGGAGCUAUUCAACAACGCCACUUUUUCUCCAGCCGUGAGAAAAUGUUAUGGAUAAUUUCGGAAGAGCUAGAAGUAGAUCUUUUAGUAGUGGAAGAGCAAGAGUUAUAUAAUCAAUACUACAAGAACUUUGACUUUGUAUUGUCCUUCACUUCUUGUGUAUCGUCUGUACAACUAAAAUAAAAAGAAUUACAUCACGCUUCAACAAGUGUAAAUUCUUGUUCUACAAAGUUAUGAUAUGCCUCUACAAGAAGAUGAUAUGGUGAAUAGCCAUCCGUCUACAAAAAGUGUGCUCUUCCUAACCUAACGAAGGACAAGUCUUCUGAAUAGUCAUGGCUCGACCUUCUAAGUCUAACCUACUUAACCAAAAAAUGGCGACCGUUCUACUUCUGGAGCUGGUCGUUAGAAACUACUAUACUAGUUGAUGCAUGAGUAUGAAUGUCUAUUUUCUACGAAAGAUUAAAAUUUAUCACCAUGAUGUAUUCGACUUCUAAGGCUCCCGCAUACCAGAGCCAUUCGACAUUUCUACAAAAAAGUCAUCGAUCUAGAUACAAGAAAAUCAUCUAUUCUAGUACUUCUAAUUUUGGACAUCACUCGGCUGGAUCCAGUUGCGCCUCGCACGUCCUUGGUCUUUUACGAUCCCAAUACGAUAUUCCCGGAUUUAGACGUGGACACGUCAGAGAUGUCGUCUCAAGAAUUAGCAAAGCUUGAAGCAGCGCGCGUUUAUCCGCAGGACCACAAUGCUAAGAAGGCGAGAGGUAGACGUCUUUUGGUAUUCUUGUAAGUAACUAGGUAUUCGAAAUCUUAAAUUUGACGCGUGGGGACAUCUUUUAAUACUCUUGUAACGAGGUAUUCGAUUUCAAAAUCUUAAAGAAAUGACCGAGUUAGUGACUGAGAUACAAGACUGACCACGUAGGCGUAGCUGCUCUUCUUUCGGUGUCUUCUAUGUUCUGACUCUAAGAAGUAGUUACUUGGUUAUAAUUUCAGAUUUUCGGAAAAAAGAUACUUGUGUAGACCUAGCAAAGGCGCCCUAUCCUAUCCUAUCCUAUCCUAUCCUAUCAAAAAACUUGAUGUUGUUUAUCUCCAGUGACGAUUAAAGUUAUAGAUAUCUUCCUCUGCUGUACGUGCACGGGGUGUUAGUAUGUACGUGUACAGGGUGGUAGUAGUUUGGCUAAUUGAUAUCUUGUAAGCAGGGAUUAGCAUUAGAGGUGAGUGGGUGAGUGAAUGAAAGUCGCACUCGACUACGAGAUCCUACAACGUUGUAUUCUAGUGAUGUGACCACAGGGAAGACUGACACUGAGGAGCAUCACGUCGCUGAGACCAGAUGUUUUUUAUAUCCUAUCGUGGUCACAAGAAGAUCUAGAGUGAGUCGUGUUUUAUUCUCUCGUCACUGGAACUAAACUGAGGCUUAGGAUGGCUACUUGAGACGCCAGGAUGCUGACUUACUUUUCGAAGUUAAUCAUAAUCGAAUUUAGAAGAGAAGAAGAGGAAUUAUGUUGAUUCCUCUCCUUCUAUUCUAGGAUAUAGCAGCUGCUCGUCCUUUUCUAAUCUUAAUUUCUUUUCGUGUCUGCGUUUAUUUUGUGAUGCCACGAUCAGCCAGCUGGCGCAGAGUAUGUUGGACGAACAAAACUUAAGGCUCAAGAAAAAUAUAGGAUUGUCUUGGCUUCCCCUCAUCUUCCGCCUCUUCUAUGUAAAAGAUCCCUCAUGUCGUGCCUCCGUUUUCUAUAGUAGUGAACUUGGUGGUAGACCCACGCCUAACCUAACCUAGUAAGGGAUAGCGAUAGUCUUGACAAAGACUCCCCUUCUCGCGAAAUCUAUGCAUAUCUUAUCCUUUCCCAUCUAAAAGACGUGAAGGACACUGACCCUGACAAGAAGGAUCUGUACGAGCUAAAUCGGAAGGGAGAGCAGUCAUGGAACCUGAAGAAGAGAUUUUGGACUGGAAAGAAGAAGGGCCAAGCAGUCUGUUACGGCUUCAGAGCUCUUAGUGGAGGUCUUAGCAGAUGUAGUUGAGGAUGUAAAUGAGCUUGAGCUGCUAGGAUGUAGUUGAGGUUGUAAAUGAGCUAUGAGAUAAUUAAUUUGAUGUGAAUGAGCAAGCUAUAAAAAUUAUGAUGCUUUUGGUUAGCGGUGACAUCAAUAGCUAUACAAGACUAAGAGGUGCCCUUGGUGGUCCUCUCUGCUAGUACGGUUGUCACGAACGGCCAUAUUAUCAGGGGCAUUGAGAUGACAAACAUAGAGCAAGAACAUGACAUACGUAGAAGAUACCCCACAGGAGAUAGGACUAAGCCGCGCAUGUCAAUAUUUUCACUCACUCAAGAAGAACAUGACUUAUUUUGCAAGAGGGGGAGCUUACUUGUGAGGGGUAAUCGUGAUGGGUUGAAGCGUUAGGCUAGUAGAACUAAUGGGGAGAGCUGCACUCAUCAUGAGAAAGUAAGCGAGGUCAGGAGGAAAUACAGGAGUUACUAGCUCCCUAAGUGCGAAGUGCCACUAAGGCUUAACCUCAAGUACUACCACCUCCCGAAGAAAGCCCUACCUUCCUAGUAAGAAUUACCUCCCUUUUUAGGCUAAGUAGUUACUCGGCUAAUAUAAGUACUCUGAUUUUUAAAUCUAACCUAGUAACUAAGUACAGCUUAUAAAAAUGUUUCAAUUUUUCAUCAUGCUCCUGAUAUUCAUCUAAGUAUAUGAAUGACCAACGUAGGCGACUUACUUGCAGCUUAUUUCAGUUAUACAGUUACUAGUUUAUCGAUAAAUUAACUUCUACCACGGUUCUCAUUCUCAUGAUUAUGGUAGAAGUCAAUUUCUCGACUAUGGGGUACCGGUACCACAUUUCCUAGUUUAUCGAUAAAUUGACUUCUUGACCAUCCUUAACACUUGGUAGUAGGGACCGUUGGGAAGUUUGACUUUUAGUUCAACAAGGAUGAUCGACAUUUGUUCGAAGUUGAUUCGUGUUCUACACAGUCUGCAUUGAAUUGCCAUUCUACACAGUCUGCGUUGAAUUUUAGGCUGUGUGGCUUCUUGAUAGUCUUAUUGUUACCGCUGUCCAUAAUGCAGCCGCUGUGUAGCCUUGUCCACAUGCACUGCAUCCGAAACCUAACCUAUAAAUUAACCUUCUACCACGGUUCUCAUUCUUGACUUCUUGACCAUCUUCUCUAAGAGUGGGACUGGCGAUUGAACCAAGAAGCUUUUUACUACAAUCCCGAAAAUGGCGCGCUUCAGGGGCAAGAACAUAACGACCUGUUAAAGUUGUCCACUUACGCUCGUAAGUUAAGGCAGAUGAGCAUGAGCAGUACUAACUCAUCUGUACAACUACAUGCUGAAAUAAAGAUGGCACGACUAGUACUGCAACAUCAUGUAUUUAUAUAAGCUCUAGCGCAUCUAACUCAGGAAUGUUGUCACGAAGUGACUCGUUUAGUGACGUAGAGGAGCCCAGCACUUAGUAAAAAACCUCACUACCACUGGAAAAACAGCCUUGCAGCUGCAACUUCAACCGACAAGCCCCUCCCUUUCCUCUUUUGAGUUGUAUACUCAUAGCUGCGUAGCCCCUCUACUUAAUAAGUAACUACUUAAAUCCAAUUCCAAAUCCUGAGCGCGCUAUGAGGCAGCGAGGCGAGGCGUUGUCCCCCCAGGAGAGCGCGCACUUCGCGCACUCGGACGAUUCAAACAUGUUGUUCCACCUGAUAAAGUAAGAUGUUCCACGUGGAAGAUUUACACAUUGAGUUUAAAACAUCAAUAAUGCAAGACUAUUCGAGUUGCACAUGAAAAUGCAUAGCAUUCUAUUUCUCAUCUAAUGAAAAGCGGAAAAAGUUCGCGGCAAGAUCAAUGGUCGGAAAUGACGGGAAUGGAUCCGCCGAACAGAGGGUGGUGGCGCCGCGUGUCGCCACUCAGGCGCUUUAAAAAAAACGCAAGAGCAGUUGCUACGGCUUGAAUUGUCUUCAGAAACCAAUUGCCGUGCUCUCAAUCUGAUUCUAUUAUAGAAGUACUAGAAUCAAUCUAUCACUUUUUCUUGUUCUCUCGCGGCCCGCUUCUUCUCUUUUCGCUGCUGGGUAUAUAAAGGGCUACAACUACUACAAGGGAGCGCUUCUAUUGAAUCUACUACAUAUAGUUGUUCUUAGGUGAUCCACCACAACUUAGAAGAGAGAAGAGAAGAGAAGCGUAGCCAUUCCUCCAUCAUUUCUAUAUUUACUGCUCGUACUCUAGGAUUUUUGUUUUUAUCGUUCUUCUCCUGUCAGAAGUAAAGUUAAGGUCUAUCUUCUAGAUGUAGUAGUGAUAGUGUGUAGAAGCGUUCUUUCAGAAGGGGGUCUAUUUCGUCCUGGCUUUUCGCCCGCGUUUUUUCAGUAGUUAAGUCCAUAUUAAACACAUAGUCGCAGACACUAUUCUAGUAGCUGUCUACAUGAAUACAGAGAACUAUUCGUAUUCUACGCUAGUAGUUGAAAAUGUGAUGAAUGCGAGUUGUUCGUAUAUCUACUUCUGGCCGCCCCACGCUGCAGUACUGAAGUUAGUUCAUUUAGUUCUUCUAAUCUGAGGCCAUUCGAUAUUAACACCAAUGAAAACGAUCCGAAGGAGGAUCAUUUGGUCAGCUUCUCGCAUAUCCGGGGCAUUCUCCUUGGGAACCUAGUGCUGCGCAUGGCUUUCGUGUCUGCAACUACGCCAUUAACGCUGCCUAAGAAUACAAAAGGGGGCACGAAAAAAGGCCAGGUCGCGGAAGAAGACAAGAAAGACAGCGAGCGCGGGGAGAAAGAGGGAGAGAAGGCGGAGGAGGAGGAGGAAGAAACCGACAGAGAGGCCGUGGAGAAGCACAUAGCGCUAGGGUGUCCACAUAGUCUCCAGGGUAUUCGAAAACUCAAAAUAACCGAGUUACUGACUGAAAUAAGGGAGGUAGCUCUAGCGGGCUACUUGUCCUUGUUCAGUAUCUCGGUCCUUCUGAUCAGUUACUUGAUUAUUUCACAACACAACUCCAUCAUUUAGUAUUGAAGAUAAAUAUUCGUUAGAAAGAAGUACUUGUAGUUCUUGUAGUAUUGGAAUUAGUAUUAUAAAUAGUUUCCUUUUCCACGACGACGUAGUUCUUGGCCUUGUUCUAGUACAUCUAGAUGGAGAUCUACAGUAUGGCAUUCAAUCCUUGACAUGACAGCGAAGCCGACGAGGCGUCCUAUCGCUAUCCUAUCGUAUUCCUCUAUCUUCGUUCUUACUUGGUAACCCCCGGGGCUGAGGCAAGAAGAAUUUGAGGAGUGCUCGCACAAGAGCCGUUGUAUCUUUCUAAGAUGAGACACACAGGACAGAGAUGACGAGGAUAUCGGAGAGCCUUUAGGUUCGAGCGUCAGUCACAGAAUUGCAGCCUUUAAGGACACACUAUACCAGGUUCAAAUACUCGAAAAGUGAAAAUAAGCGCGUAGCUAACUGGAGUAAAAGAGUCACCAGUUGUACGCUGCAACAGCUCUUCUUUCAUUUGUAUCUCCCUUUUUUCUUAAAAUAGUUCGUAAGAGUUCUAUGAGUAAUAUGCAGACAGAUGAAAUCAACUACAUGCGUCACUAGCUCACCUCGUCCAACGAUCUUUCUUUUCUUAAUGAAUGGAUGAAUCAUGGGUGGGGACGAGGAGGACGAGAACUACAACUCCUGUUCAGAACUACAACUGGAGCAACAGUUCUUCUCUCGGUUACUUCGAGAACUCUAAAUUCUACAAAAAACACCAGGCGAUGAAGAUGAUGAUGACUGUCAACGCGGUGGCCUCUAGUACUUAAGGGCACAAGAAAUCCAUCUUCACGACUGUCAUCUUGGUCCCGUUUUUAAAUGGAAAAGGAGGCCCAAGAUGCUGCUGAAGAUGGGUCUCCAUCAGUUCUAAAGUACUGAAGACGCAGCCGCAGUGGCUGCAGCUGAAGGCGGCGAAGGCGGCAAGGACUCAGUGUGGGAACGCUACAACAGCAGGAAGCAUUUGAUUCAAUUACGCAGGGAGGUUCGUUGGGGUCGGAUUUGGAUCCCCCUAACUAUUACUUUUCUCUAGUCGUAGGCUUGGGCAGGAUUUGGAUCUCCCUAUAAUCGCUUUUUUCCAGUGGUAGGUUGCCCCUGGUCUGCACGACAGAUGUGCCUAACUUCAUUUUCUGAGGUGCCUACUUACUUUCUUCAUCUUCUGAGAUACCUACUUGUACUUGUCUACCCCUCUAAUUUGAACCGAGGACUGGUUGUACACGCAGAUGACCAAGCAUGUUAAGGGAAUUGGACAAUUAUAUUCAUUUGUAGUACAGAGAUAGUGCCUCAUAUACAACUCGAAUCUAUACAGAAGUAUGGAGUCGUCUAUAAUCGAACUACAUAAUGUGAUCAGUAAACGUUACUAGACUGAUAGAAGUAGUACUAAUACUAUCUCAUUGGCUUCCCAGUGCUGGAGAAUGGCCACCAGAUGAGACCUAGUAUGACGAUCAGCAAAGCUAGCAAGUUUCUCCUUAUUUAUACAUUUGAUUCUUUACGUUGUCCUUUUUUUUGGUUUUUCCAAGUAAGUUAGGCUGGCUCCGCCGCGCACUACUUUAUUGCUUCUCUGUAAGCAGAGUAUAGCUGCUCACCACAAAAAACUAUCCUUGCAGAGCCGCAGUAGUCUCCUUAUACUGUGGACAGGAAGUCUCUCAUCUCAUCUCAUCUCAUCUGUACAAUAGUUUUCUCGACUAACUAAGUUAUUAAGCACACAUUGUUAAACAAUGUGUGCUUAAUAGAAGAUCUUAAACAAUUGCAAUGUGUACUCACAAAGGAUCUUAAAUCUUCCCGUACUGGCGUUGGGAUAGUUACCCGGUUUCUCCUUGUCCUUUUUUUGUUUUUCCUAAUAGGCUGGCUCCACCGCAUAGGCAUACUACUCUCUACUUCUUCUCAGAGUCACUCUGUAGGGAGCAUAGACCAUUGCAUAGCUGCUCGCUAUAGAGAAUAUUGAUGCUUCUCUGAUGUGUACUUCAUCACGUCAUUGGUUUUGAUGUUGUGAUGGUUCAAAUUUCCAUCAUGCUUAUACUGCUUCUCUGAUGUGUACUUACUACAGUCUUCCUGCGUAGUGAAUGGCGCUAAGUAUGGCGGGGCGGCUGACUCUCCUGAGGCAAGGAAGCUAAUGGAGGUGAUGACCAGUGGAGAAGAUAUGUUAAGGCGAACGUUAUAAUUUACAACUUCCUUGAUUGUACUCCUUUCCUUUCUAAUAUCCUUUUUGGACGAGUGGUACUCUGAUCUGCAGCUUCCCCGCCUCGCCUACGAAGUGGACCAGAAAAAGAUGCGCAUUCCGGAAAUGUCUCUGCCACCACGGGUAGAAUGUUAUGGCAUGUCCCUGCCACCACGGGAAGUGUUUUAUUCAUCUAUCAGAUAAUUCCUUAAGGGCAGCCUAUUUCAAAAAAACCCGCUGACGGAACCCUCUUCCUUUUUUUAUUCCUUACAACACUUACAACAUACCUUACAACACUUACCUCAAGAACAGGGCUCCGGCUCGUACUAACUAGUUAUAUGGUUGUAACUUCACGCGAAAUUAUAGCGUGCUCGCCCUACAGCAGGAGUCCUCUAAGCCUGGGUUGUGAUCGGCCUUCCUCUCGCCUCUCCCUCGCUGAUCAUGGCCGCGACAGCUCCAGUGUUAAGGCUUUUGACCGAAGUUCACCAGUCACCACUUAAUUAAACAUCUACACUGGUGCUAUUGUUCAUAUUAUUUCUGAUAACAGUUACGUAGAUAGUACUUUUAUUACAACACUACGGAAUAUCUGAAGCUAACAGUUAUCAGUGCUCAUCUUGUAAGAUAUUGACAGUUAUCAGUCCUUUUGUGGAUAUAUUUCUUCACGUAGCCCUAAACGUAGGCCCUAGACUCCUGUUUGCAGCUAACCUCUUCGAUAGUAUGGCUGCUUACUCAACAGUGCUACCAAUCGAUCCACUCGAUCUAUUGAUUUAUUUGACGAAGGUCGUGAGUACAGUCAUACUAGUGCUUCUGCACGUCCACAUGGCCUCUCGACAUAUUAUUAGAAAGUUAACACCACGCACAGUUCUUUUCUAUUUAUGCCAUAUUGGCACGGAUGCAGCCGGGAUCAGUCUUUCUGAUAGGUGUUGUGCACCUAGGAGUUCACACACUCAAGCACUGUCCUUUACUCUGCUUCGAAACAUAUUUUAGGAGGAUUAGCUUAUCAAGUAUUAGCUUUAUGCCUGAUUCGUUCUUGUUAGUUUCUAACGAAGGACAUAGGGAAGGACACCAUGACAGACGAAGGCGGCGAGAAGAAGAUCAAAGACGAACGCAAAAAGAAGAGGAUGCUGCUGCUUUACACAGCAGUGUCCAACGUGCUCGUGCAAGAGGUUGGAGCUCAAGCUAAGGCGGCGGUGUCCUCAGUGUGUGUGUGUGUACUCAAAUCGAAAACUGGAAAUACGCGAGCUACUGACUGAAAUAGGGGACGUAGCUCUUAAAGGCGGCUCUUCCUUCAGUGUCUCGCUUAUUCUCAUCAACUUCUCGCUUUUUUCAGCUUAUCGAGUAGCGGUGUUCUACUUCUUGGAAGAUCAAGAUCAUGAUCGAGAUUCGCUACUUCUAUUUUUAAGACCUGCUUCAACUUCAAUCUGGGGCUUCUAGUGCAUGGGCGUUCUUUUUACUCGCUAGAAGUAUAGAAUUGGAAGCCGCGGCAGUCGCAUCUGCGGCGAGGCCGGUGCCCUACGGGGGCAGCCUGGGCGACUGACUGGCAUGCUGCGUGCUCUUUCAUCUAGAUCUACUUCCCCUAGUGAUAGUGUAGUGGCUCAGAUGUUCCUAGCCUCUGCAUGCUUGCGGAAUGUUCGUCCCUUGGUGGGGUGGGCGUGCCAUAGAAAAAGCACGCCGGUGAUACUUUAUAUGCUUCCGUGCUACAGGCAGAGUCAGUGGCAGGCGCGCUUCCCUGGAAGGGCAGCAGUCUAGAACCGGCGCCAAGUAGAUGCGCCCAGGGCAGGCCCCUCUCUCAUGUGUAUCUUGUAGGUGCAGCAUGUAGCUCCCGCAUUGAAUUCGCAUCCCGUUUCUCUUCACGCAAUCGGCAACAAGCCCGUAGGCUGUAGUCCUAUACUGUAUUGCGACAGGCUUGCAAGACCUUGCCGCCUUGCCCCGGCGUGUGUAUAUGCCGGGGGCACGUGGGUGGGCGGUACAUACAGACACACAUACACACACAUAGAUACACACAUACAUACAUACCCAAGCUCUUCUCUUCUGGCUUGGCUAUCAUUCUACUUGUAAGGCUAUCCCACCUUGUCCCUCAUUGAUGGCAAAAGUCUAUACUUUCUCAACAUACUUGAUCCUGCUUCUUCUAAGAUCAGGAUCAUCCGUUACUUCGAGGACGAGGGUAAAUACGGCGAGGCCAAGGCAGAGCCUUGGUUUGGUAUGGAUCCCUUCUACGACGUGUACGGAGAUUUUAAAAACGACAAGGGCUUCCGCGCUCACGACCAGAAAGCUAGAUGGAAAAUUGCGAAGUGGUUAAGGCUGUAGAUUUUUUAGACGCCUUUUAUGGUCGAGGAGGUCACCCUCGUCCUGUCCGUGUGGAGGACGGCGAGCAAACGCCUAGUAUCCUAACCUCUUCUACAGUAGAAUAACUGGAGGGACACUAGUAAGAACUUACAGAUUUAGUUUUAGAGGAAGCUAAGAGAUUUAGUUUUAGAAUGGCACGAGGAUGAAGUGGCGUUUUAUUGUAUUUCGUUAUUAAUGAACGAUCUGUCUUAUUGAGCUGAGCUACGGAGUUAUCAUCACGACGAUUGGAAUUAAAUGAGUAUAACUAUAAGUUGAAAUCUAUCAUGAUAAUGUUUGAGGAAUCAUAAUUUUUAAGAAGGCCAAGCCCCUGAACCCGAACUCUAAGCAACGUAACCGACUCGACCUACAAUAAAGAGGAGAAGAUGGCCUUUCUUGGGAGAACUCCUGGAUUUCGCGAAAUGGGAAUCCUUACGGACAAAGUAUACGAAUACCAAUCCGGCAGCCUGAUUUUGAUCAUACGGGAAAACAAGAAAGGAACCCCAACCCUUGUGAUCAAAAUCAGGCCACCGAACAAUACCAGAGCAAUAUAUACGUAGCUAAGUAGUAGUUGUCGACAUCUCCCUCCAUCCGUCUAUCUAUCCAUCGCUCAACAUGUGAGUGAAUGUAGCCGCGUCUAUUUCUCUAUUUGUGUAGGCACCAGAUAAGCUGCAACAUCAAGCCGAGUGAGAGUUGUGCCGAGAUGAAGUUUCUGAUGUCAGAAUGGGUCUGCUGAUGAGUCGGGCUCCGAGAAGUAACGUCGACAGCCCCUGUCCUGUUGAUGAAUCGGGCUCCUUGUAGUAAUUUGUUGAAUCUAAGAACAGGAUGGACCGUGACGCAUGUGCAUGACCUUAUGUAUCCUUUUUUCUCUUCAUGUGCAGGAUCCAAAUCCACGUCUGUUUCACGUUUCCCCACGUAGGGCAAAUAGUAUCGCGGCCGUCUUCAUGACACCCUUUUUGUUACUAUCUUGGCUUGCCAACGGUAGAGGAUGACCACUGAAGACGUAUGGCGAUGAUGAUGAUGAUGAUGACGACCUAACCGAUCGCAACGUAAGCUAAGGCUAACGCCACUUUUUUCUAAGCUUCCCUUCUUGUCGACAAAUUGCUUACUUGGUGUUACGCCAGAAAGCGACAAGGUAAAAGAGCGAGACGAGAAUCGCGCGGGCGAUUCCGAUUGGAGCACCAUCAAAGACCUCGAAUCUUAUCCGAAGGGCGCACCCGCCCCUCCGAUAGCAAAUUAAGGCUUCUUCGAGUUGUAGUAAAUCCCCUAAUUAAUGCUUAGGCCUACUACUACUAGUACUAGGGGAUCUUCGCCUAAUACUUAGUUACUACUACUAGGGGGCCCCUAAUCGAGCCCAAUGGAUGCUUCUGAUAAAGUUAAUCCAUCUGCUCUUCUAUGAAAGAAUCUACUCGAGACUUGUAACCCUAUGAAUUUGAAUGCCAUCUGCUCUAUGAAAGAAUCUGCACUGAGUAGAGUCUAGGGUGAGACUCAAGAGUCCUCUGACUGAAGAGUCUCUAUGAAUCUACACAGUAAGUGAGAGUGGCCCCUCAACAACCUCAACUACCCUGUUGAUAUGUCCAGGUGCUGCACUCAGGGCACUACUCAAUGCUUAUGCAUUCAUCGGGAUAGCGACUGCACUGCGUGUUCAUCUUGUGUAUCCAAUUAUACUACAAUUGUUGAGGGGUGGCCCACUGCCCUGGUAUUCGGUAACCUGAUCUGGAUCAUAAGGGAAAAGAAGAAGGGAGCCCUUGUGUUCCAAUUCAGGUUACCAAAUACCGGAGCCAUUCGGCAUGACAAUGCUGCUGAGGGAGAACCACCGCAACGCCAAGAACUCCCGGGGGGGUAGAUGUAAGUAGUUUUUAAUGGGUUGAAAGAUAGCACAAAGGAUUCUAAAAAAAGAUAUCUGCGUGGCAUUUUACCCAGGAAUGUGCGAGGCUCAUGCUGGGUCAUGGGCACGGGAUCAAAAACACUUACGGCACCAGCAAAAAGUCGUUUUUUUUUACUCUGGUGUUAAACAUGGAGGCCAACUCGUCGUUGAACAUAAACCAGUAACUCCUUGAACUCGACCUAGAGUAGAUGAGUUAAUACCGCAAGUACUAGUACUCAGGACGGACUAGUACUACUAGAACUAGAAAUGGAGAUGUAUUAGAUGUAGACUGUGAGGAGAAAAGUGUCGUGGCGCUCGAAAUGGACUCAGGCUUUCUCCCGCUUUUUUGUGUCUCUCAUAAAUAUGACAGUAUCUGCGCACGCAUAGGAGCUGGAGGCCAGCAUCUUUGUACAGCAAAGCUCCCCAGCUUCUAGCGUAGCUGUAGCGCCUGGCCGUUGUGCGGGUGCUUCGGCUUCAGGCUCCCCGCGGGGUAAGUGAGUGGAGCGACUGUGGGAAAGGGAAACUGUGGACUCGGGUAACAAAAAAGAGCUCUGUCGCUUUUCUGUCUAGCGAGUCUCUUUUCUGUCUUGCGCGUUAUGAGUGACUCACAAGACAGAGCCGCUCAGCCUUAUUUGAGUGAAGCGAGAACUUAGUCGGUGUUGGAUUCGGGAGUGGCCUCCUUGUGUGUCCCGUGUGCGCCGCGCAUUUGUAACAGAUGACGCCGGCGGUUGGCCUCCGCGUAGUAAAGCGGCCUAAGUACUUGAAAGGGGGAGAGCGUCCCGUCGCUCCUCCUCGCCGACCCUUUUAUCUCCCGCCCGCUCUUUAUUAGCGUAUCAGAGUAGUGGCUAUCAGGCAUGACUAAGGUGGCGCCUUUCCUUUGGUAGGAGUUGGCCCUCCGCUUUCUGGUUGUCUUUUUCGUUAUUUUCUGGCGGUUGCGGAACGCGGUUGAGGAUGGUGCACGGGGCGAAGCUUGGAGGCCCUCGUUUAGUGUAGCGCCACCAGUCAGUGCGGUCAUAUAUCCGGGGAAGCCUUAGCGAUUCUACGCGGGCUCACUCGCCUUAGAGUCAGUUGGUCUUUGUAAGUAGUGGCGCCGCCCUUUGUGCCGGGUGUCCACCGCUUGCAGCGCCAGACCUCAGCUAGUAAGCGACCAGACCAAAGCUCUAGCUUUAUCCGCGUCUGUUCCAUGGGGGCCUAGUUCUUGCCGCUCGGGGUGCCUCAGAUGUGUUCUGUCAUUGUCCUACUUAAGGGCUGUCGAUUGCUACGCCCGUGGGACUUGGGGUUGGGCUCUAGCUUUUCUACAGCGGUGGCCGUUGUGCUUAGUCGUUUGCGUAGUUGUGGCGCCUGGCUGUUGUGCUUCAGGCUUCCUGCGGGGUAAUGAAUUGAGUGGAAUUGUUGUGGGAAAUUGUAGAGCCAGGUAACAAAAAUAAUGUCACAUUGUGGGUAAAUGAAUAGAACUGAGUUAAACUACUCUUAGCUACCCUAAGUAGACACGGCCCUAGGCCCAACAAGUAGUUGGUCUUAAUUCGACUUCAACCCCGAGUCGACGAUUGGUGGCUACCGUUUGUGACUGUCUAGAUUGAUCAUGAACUACUAGUAGAUGUUGUCAAAGCGAAAACAACUAGAACAAGCAUACUAUGACAUAGUGACUAUUGCUGGCACUCUCUGGUUCUUUAUUCUUGUCCUUCUUUCCUUUCUUAUGUUAGAGUAGUUUAUAGAACGGAUGUAGGAUGGACUUGGAUGGAUCGGAUGGACCUCCCUGAUUCUUCCGAUCCUACUUGAAAUGGUGGAAAGUCCACUGGUCCAUCCGAUCCAUCCGAUCCAUCCCAUCCCGGACCUGGCACCCCUAUAAACUGCUCUAUUAUGUUGCUGAAGAUUACUAUAUAAGCCUUUUUUUUAGUAAUGGCUCCUGCCGGAUUGCACCAGCGGUGAUGGACGUAUAGAGCAGUCAACUUCAAACCUUACAUUUUUAGUCCUAUCUCCGUUCCGUGCUCUAACAGAAGCCUCCGGUGGAUCGCUAAAAGGAUAA